GUAAUAUUGUCCUUGUUUAUUUUUAUUUUUCCUUUUUUUUUUUGUUUCCAGGGAGCCAACAACAUCCAGGUACGGAGGGCUGUGAAAGACACGCUCUCCAAUCCACAGUCUCCCCAGCCGUCCCCUUACAGCUCCCCAAAAUCGCAGCACAAGACCCAGCAGAGCUUCCUGCCCCCAGGCUGGGAGAUGAGAAUAGCCCCAAAUGGACGGCCUUUCUUCAUCGACCACAACAGCAGAGCCACCACCUGGGAGGAUCCCAGAUUGAAAUAUCCAGUCCAUAUGAGGAAUAAGAACUCCAUGGAGCCUGGUGACCUCGGCCCUCUUCCUCCUGGAUGGGAAGAAAGAGUUCACACAGACGGACGCACCUUCUACAUUGACCACAAUACAAAGAACACGCAGUGGGAGGACCCACGUCUACAGAGUCCAGCUAUCACAGGACCCGCUGUUCCCUACUCCAGAGAGUUCAAGCAGAAAUACGACUACUUCAGGAAGAAAUUAAAGAAACCGGCUGACAUCCCCAACCGGUUUGAGAUGAAGCUACACAGGAACAACAUCUUUGAAGAGUCGUACCGUCGAAUCAUGUCCCUGAAGAGGCCAGAUGUGCUGAAGGCGCGGCUAUGGAUCGAGUUUGAAUCAGAGAAAGGACUGGACUACGGCGGUGUGGCCAGAGAGUGGUUCUUCCUCUUAUCGAAGGAGAUGUUCAAUCCCUACUACGGCCUUUUCGAGUACUCUGCCACGGAUAACUACACACUCCAAAUCAAUCCCAACUCUGGCCUGUGCAAUGAGGAUCACCUCUCCUACUUCAAGUUCAUCGGGCGCGUGGCAGGAAUGGCCGUGUUUCAUGGGAAACUACUGGAUGGAUUUUUCAUCCGGCCGUUCUACAAGAUGAUGCUGGGAAAACAGAUCUCUCUUAAAGACAUGGAGUCUGUGGACAGCGAAUACUACAACUCUCUGAAGUGGAUUCUGGAGAACGAUCCCACUGAGCUGGACCUGAGGUUUUGUAUUGACGAGGACAACUUUGGACAGACGUACCAAGUGGACCUGAAGCCCAGCGGCUCAGACAUGGUGGUCACCAACGAGAACAAGAAGGAGUACAUAGACCUGGUCAUCCAGUGGAGGUUUGUCAACCGGGUCCAGAAGCAAAUGAACGCCUUCUUGGAGGGCUUCACUGAGCUCAUUCUUAUAGAUCUGAUCAAGAUCUUUGAUGAAAACGAACUGGAGCUGCUCAUGUGCGGUCUGGGUGAUGUCGACGUCAACGACUGGAGACAACACACUGUUUACAAGAACGGCUACUGUCCCAACCAUCCUGUUAUACAGUGGUUCUGGAAGGUUGUCCUGUUGAUGGAUGCCGAGAAGAGAAUUCGACUCCUCCAGUUUGUUACGGGAACAUCACGAGUGCCCAUGAACGGCUUUGCUGAGCUUUAUGGUUCUAACGGUCCUCAGCUGUUCACAAUCGAGCAGUGGGGAACACCAGAUAAGUUACCAAGAGCUCACACAUGUUUCAACCGCUUGGAUCUGCCUACCUACGAAUCAUUCGAGGACCUGAGAGAGAAACUCCUCAUGGCUGUGGAGAACGCGCAGGGCUUCGAGGGGGUCGACUAAGACCUCUCGGCCGCGUCACACCAUCCAACAAUAAAACAAAAAGCCACAGGGAUGUCAAACCAGCUGCUGUAGCAGUUUCUGUGCAAGCAUGUUGUACUGUGAUGCCUGACUGUGAGCCACCUCCACAGCACGGUGGUUUGAGACUGUACAGCGACUUGUCGAGCCAAUAUGCCUACGUCUUUCUAUCUUUUCAGUGUGGUAGGUCACUCCUUAAAGGUGCUGGGGAAAGAAAGGGAGCGUUGCACUCUUUGAAUGCUGAAAUCUAUUAUCCACAGGCAUGAGCAAUGAAUGACGGGAGCUGGCCCCUGAUCCACUGUUUCUUUCCCCUCUAACCCUCGUCCUGUGAAAAUCUACAGUGCUGGAAAAACACCAAUGCAUUUCAAUAGCUCCUUUAUGUACACUAUAGCACAGUAUUUGAGCGCCCUUCGAUUGGAAGGGUCUUAGCAUGGCCUUAAUCUGGCUCCUACAUGCACUAUUUCUCUAAGACAAACUGCAAUGGCACUAUGAUCACAACUCUCUCAAAUCCUUAGACCAACACCAGAUUACCUUAGGAAUGCUAGCCAAUCACAUUUCAGGAAAUCGGCCACACCCCUCCGUAGAGCCUUGUCUGUGUCGUGUGAUCAGAUAUCGCCGCUGCAGCCUUUUUGUAGAAUAAUUUUCUUUUUUUUUAGCCACUGGUAAGGAUUUACAAGAACGGUGGGGACGAACGAAUCCCCACAGCUGAUUUUUUUUCUUUUUUUUUUUUUUUAUAGUUUUUGUCAUUAAAAGAACAGAUUUUCUUUUUAGCAUUGGUAUCAUUCUCGCAGGAAAGUACUCUCAGUGUAUUUGUACUGAUGAACAAUGUUCUUUACUAUUUUGACGACUAUAUAUGACAUGGUGUGUGAAGUGCAAAUUUGGCUAGUCUGGGACUUGAUUAAUCCAUAUCAUUUGUUACGGUGAUAGCAAAUGUGAUGAAAAAGAAAUGUUUUUUCUUUUUUUUAUUGUAGUGCUUUGAAAGCAGCAUGAAACUGUACCUUGUGUUUGCUCGGACUACAUAUUAAUUUGGACGUGUAAUCGGUCUCGAGGUUGGGAAAGAAAAAAAAAAAACUAAAACUGGGGGUAGUUUCUCUGAGACGUCAUGAUUAUAUUAAUAUUCUCAUGCCUGUUGCUGUUCAUAAUGCUGUAAAUUGUUCUUGGAAAAAAAAACAACAACAUUUUAAGUUCUUUCAUGAUAUAUAAAUAUAUGUAUGUAUUACAUUUAACAGAAGUAUUACUGAUCAACAACACUAAAAUGAAGCUGUGUGUGUGCGCGGGUGUCUGAGAGAAAAGCUGUGAUUGCCACUGAAUAUAAAGCAGCACGUUUCUUACCAAGAAAAAAAAAUAAUGUGUUUUUUUUCUUUUUUAUGUUCUCUCUCCUUUUUCUAACACCAUUGAACCUAAAGGGCACUUUAUAGAUCACUCUGAGGUCAUGUCGCCUGUUGUAUGUCUUCUGUCGUUUACUUGAAUGUGAUUCUUUUUUUUGUUUUUUUUUCCAUUCACAGCACUUACUGGGUGCAAUAUAAAUAGUCUGUAAAUCUGGGCUGCUGCUAAGGUAGAAAAAGUUGACAGAAGUGAAGCUGAGACUUCAUAUCCUUUUUAGUAUUCUCUGUUCUGUCUCUUCUUUUCACCCUUGUCUCUAUGUUUUUCCUCCCCUGAUGUUCCUUCCCUUGCUGUGAUCCCACCACUCAAACUGACUCAGUACAGAUUAGUCGUUCCUUUUUUAGAGGGUUUUCUUUUUUAAUGAAUGAGGGGGAAAAAAUCUCAUUUUUGUUAAAGAUUCCACCAAUUUCUGCAACUCUUUGUGGUUCAUUUAACUUCAGUCAAAUAAAAUUGAAACUUCUCAGA